GGGAAUUGCAGUCCCCGCUCCGCUCUGUCCCGUCACAGGAGUUUUGCCCUCUGUUCCCGGGUCCCUCAGGCGGCCACCCAGUGGGCACACUCCCAGGCGGCGCUCCAGCCCCGCGCUCCCUCCCUCUGCCUUUCAUUUCCAGCUGCCAACAUCCUGGAAGCUUUGAAGCUCAGGAAAGAAGAGAAAUCCAUUGAGAACAGUCUGUAAAGGUCCGUAGUGCUAUCUACAUCCAGACAGUGGAAGGGAGAGAAAGAGAAAGAAGGUAUCCUAGGAAUACCUGCCUGCUUAGAUCCUCUAGAAAAGCUCUGUGCAUCCUGCCACUGAGGACUCCGAAGAGGUAGCAGUCUUCUGAAAGAAAGGACAUUCCAAUUUACAUCCUCACCAGCACCUGUUUGGGAGUGCUUCUCUCUCUGCAUUCUUGCCAACUAGACUUCAACUGUGAGGACAUGUCGUUCAGAUUUGGCCAACAUCUCAUCAAGCCCUCUGCGGUGUUUCUCAAAACAGAACUGUCCUUCGCUUUUGUGAAUAGGAAACCUGUGGUACCAGGACAUGUCCUCGUGUGCCCGCUGCGGCCAGUGGAGCGCUUCCGUGACCUGCGUACUGAUGAAGUGGCCGAUUUGUUUCAGGCGACCCAGAGAGUCGGGACAGUGGUGGAAAAACAUUUCCACGGGACCUCUGUCACUUUUUCCAUGCAGGAUGGCCCCGAAGCUGGACAGACUGUGAAGCACGUUCACGUCCAUGUUCUUCCCAGGAAGGCUGGAGACUUUCACAGGAAUGACAGCAUCUAUGAGGAGCUCCAGAAACAUGACAAGGAAGAGGAGGACUCUCCUGCCUCUUGGAGAUCAGAGGAGGAAAUGGCAGCAGAAGCCGUAGCUCUACGGGUCUACUUUCAGUGACACAGAUCCCAAAUUCCAGCAAAAGAGCUAUUGCCAACCAGUUUGAAGACCCCCCUCCCCAAGAGGAACUGAAUCAGCAUGAAAAUGCAGUUUCUUCAUCUCACCAUCCUGUGACUUCAGCCUGCAUUCCUCAAACAAUGAUCCCCCACCUCGGUCACUCCAACCCCCUUAAAAUACGUAGACCUAAAUGGCUCAGACAGGCAGAUUUGAGGUUUCCCCAUCUCCUUAUUCGGCAGCCUUAUGAUUAAACUUCCUUCUCUGCUGCAACCCUGUAUCUCGGUGUAUUGACUUGCCACGCAUUAGGCAACAAACCUGUUAUAGUUACUUUUUUAAAGGAAAUUCAAUCAUUGGAUUGGUCCACCUGCUUAUUUCUUCCCUUUUCAAAAAAAAUGUGUCCACAUAUUGAAUUUUUAUACAUUAAGUGGUUCAUGAAACCCCUGAAAUGUGUUAAUAAGUAGGACAAUUAUGAAAUAUUUGGACAUAGCUAGACUUUAAAAUUGUUAAUCUAAAGUUCAGAUAGACUUGGCCUUCCCCAGCUUUCAUGAUUAUUCCCUCAGCAGCAAGUUAGUUAGUUAGUCUCAGGCAGAGCAAGUUUAAAGACAUUCAUGGUGCUCACUCUGCAAAACUGCACAAUUCUCAACAUGCACAGAGGCAGACAUGAUAGGGCUCAGCCCUGGAAUGGAUAACAGUAGCCAACACGUGAUAGGGCUCAGCCCUGGAAUGGAUAACAGUAGCCAACAC